ACCUAUUGCGUUAAAUCCGAGUACAUUAGGUACAUACAUAUAAGGUUAUAAUUAGGUAGGUACCUCAUAGGCAUUAAUCCCGAGGUAGGACUAGUUUGCAGCAAUUCCCAAUCGUACAUGAGAAACGAGAGAGCGAGAGAGAUUGCCUCUCUCGCCCUCUAGUAUACGUCAGAAAGAUGGUCCUUUUAAUUGAACUUCCACCUGAGAUCGUGCAACAUGUUCUCGGUUAUGUCGAACCCUCCGACUUGGGAUGGAUCCCCCGCGUUUGCAAGGAUCUCUACCAUAUUGUCAAUGGGAACACCUCACUCUUCAGAAUUGUUUAUCUUAACAAUUACGAUAAUCCUCUAAAUAAGCCCGUCGUGGAUUGGACGCAGGCAGUUCACGAUGUUGUCCGUUUACAGAGUAUAGGCCGAAGAGAUCGUGUCCAAGAUAAGAAGAACGAACUCUCCUUCGUUUAUAACACCGUCAAGUCUUUCCUCCAGAAUGCUGCUACCGAUACUGAGCGAUUCCCGUUAACAACCCAUCUAACAUCCCGCAACACUGAAAUUCUGCGCUCUAUAUUCGAGGAAGAAACUAACCAAUCUGCUUUUUUGUGUCGGUCUACUAUCUUCGGGCGCGCCCGCAAGGAAUGCAUCUGUUCGGAUAGCCACAUCUCAUCCGUACAGGCAGACCACCAGAAGAGCGCACACUUACACUGUCUUUUUGGGGUGCCUAUUUUGUAUGCGCGGCCAGAGUCCCAUCAGACGAGAGAGAGCAAGAUGAGCCCGUACGCCUGCUCUAUGGUAUACGACUUAAGACGAUAUACAGAAAAGACGAAAUGGGGCCCGUUUAUGGAUGACGAUACAGACCGUGUGGAUUGGGAGAAAGCCGAAGCCAUCAUGAUCGUGAUCGGAUCGAACCUUCGGAGGCUUGGCCUUGCGAGGUUUCCAUUAUGUAGCAGCUUUUGGGACUCACCUUUCGCAGGAACAUGGCCCCAAAGCUAUAUACCACAUCAUAUCCCGCGGAGGCCGGGUUCUCCGGAAGUCCCAGAUCCGUUGGAACUUCAGGACCCAUAUGGAGUCACAGGGACUUGGCUACGCAUAGUAUGCUUCCUAGACUAUACAGACUUUCAUCUAUAUAACUUCGCCGAAGGCGCACAACUUCCGCGGGAUAUCCCUCGACCUGCUCUCGAUGUUGGCCAGGCUACGCGCCUAAUCCUUAUGAGGAUUCGCGUGACUAGUAUCGAGCCCCCUGGGCCCGAGGACGGACAAGAACUACCAGUUGUACAUUUCAAGGGAAUUUCCCAGCCGCUCGACGAUAGCUAUAAUGAUAAUGCCAAUUCAGACUUAAAAGGUAUGAAAGGCACCGUUCGCUUAACCCGUGAAGGCGAGGUACAUUGGACAACCUUCUCGAUUUUCAACGGUGAAGAGAGAUGGCGUAGUGAGAGUGUCCAGAUUGGUGGUGUCAAGAGCUCCAAGGGGGCAUUGGGUAAUUGGUUUGACAAGGAUUUCGAUCCACAUGGCCCAGCUGGUCCAAGUGCAUUUUGGAAGGUUUCGGACGAUAUCAUAGCAGAAUACAGCGAAAUUAUGCAGAAUUUUCUGCCCAGUGUCCACGAUACCUCCCUCGCCAAGCUAGGUGACGAGGAUGAAUUUGACCUGCCAGCUUACCGGUCGGACGACGAUGAAGAUGAGGAAGACGAGCCUGGACUGGAGCUGGAAGUCACGGGCAUCUCUUGGGUGACGUGGACGGAUAACUAGGUAGACUUUUCGUGCCGUCUCUUUUAUAUUAAUGUCCUACAUGUAUUUCUAAGCUUGGUCUAGUUGGAGUUUGAGGAGGUAUGCUGUGCUUUGCAAUAAUUCCUUCUAUAUAUUUUAUUGAUGCCAAAGUACCUAACCUAGGUUAAUGUAUUAUCACUAUUUUGCCCAUGGCUAUAAAUUAGAAAUGUCGAAGGAAUAAUUCAUUACAGGAGGCGGGAUUGAUAAGGUAGGUACUAUGGAGGUAUCCAGGUACCUAGGUUAAUGUCUUAGGUACUAUUCCGUAUAGUGGAUUAGAUAAGCAAUAAAUUAUGGCCCGAG